AAUGCCUAGACCCUGCUUGAUGGAAUUUGUAUAGAAAUGUGAUGUUGGAGAAUUACAGAAACCUUGUCUCCCUGGGUCUUGCUGUGUGUAAGCCCUCCCUGGUGACACUGCUGGAGCAGAGACAAGAGCCUUGGGAUGUGAAGGGACAGGAGUCAGGAGCCAUGUACCCAGAGACUCUUUCUGACUGCAACAACUCUGUGAAAGACUUUGAUCAACACGCAGAACUUACCAUCCGUCAGUGCACACACAGCGAAGAGAAGCCAUACAAGCAGGAAGAACGUGAGUCAGCUUCCAAGCAGCACGUCAGGGCGCACAAAGGAGACAUGCCCCAUAAAUGCAAAGACUGUGGGAAAGUCUUUAAAUACCGCUCCAUCCUCAACCAACACCACGUCAUUCACACAGCCGCAAGACCCUACACAUGUAAAGAGUGCGGCAAAACCUUUAAGAGAAGCAGAAACCUCUCCCAGCACCUGGCGAUUCACAAGAGAGGGAAACCACACCAGUGUGAGGAGUGCGGCAGAGCCUUCACUAAGCUUUCUGUCCUGACUCAACACCGUGUCACCCACACCGGAGAGAAGCCCUUCCAGUGUAAAGAAUGCGGCAGAGCCUUCAAAUAUAAUUCGAGCCUCACUCAGCACGAAGUCAUUCAUACCCAAGCCAAACCCUACAAGUGUCAGGAAUGUGGCAAAGCCUUCAAGAGAAGCCACACGCUCAGUCAACACCAGGUGACUCAUAAUGGAGAGAAGCCGUACAAGUGUAAGGAGUGUGGCAGGGCCUUCACUAAGCAGUCGUCUCUCACACAGCACCAGGUCAUCCACACUGGAGAGAAGCCCUAUCAAUGCAGAGAGUGUGGGAAAGCCUUCAGGUAUCAGUCAACCCUUACCCGACACCAGGUUGUUCACACGGGUGCAAAACCCUACAAAUGUUCCGAGUGUGGCAAGGCCUUCAAUAACAGUUCCACCCUCAGUCGGCACCAGAUCAUCCACACGGGAGAGAAGCCCUACAAGUGUCAGGAGUGCGGCCGGGCCUUUUACUGCUCCUCCUUCCUCAUCCAGCAUAUGAAGAUCCAUUUCGAAGAGAUGCCCUACCGGUGCAAAGACUGUGGGAAGCCGUUCAGGCUCUCCUCCCAGCUUAUCCGACACCAGAGGAUCCACACUGGGGAGGAGCCCUACAUAUGUAAAGAGUGUGGCAAAACCUUCAAGUAUCAGUCUAACCUCACCCGUCACCAAAUCCUUCACACCGGCACGAAACCCUACAAAUGCCCCGAGUGUGACAAGGCUUUCAAUAACAGUUCCACCCUCACUAGACACCAGGUCAUCCACACGGGAGAGAAGCCCUACAAGUGUCAGGAGUGUGGCAGGGCCUUUUACUGCUCCUCGUACUUAAUCCAGCAUAUGAAGGUCCAUUUCGAAGAGGUGCCCUACCGGUGCAAAGACUGUGGGAAGCCAUUCAAGUGUUCUUCCCAGCUUAUCCGACACCAGAGGAUCCACAGCGGAGAGAAACCCUACGUAUGUAAGGAGUGCGGCAAGGCCUUCAACUGCACUUCCUACCUGACUAAGCAUCGGAGGAUCCAUUCCGCAGAGAAACCCUACGUAUGCAAGGACUGUGGCAAGGCCUUCAACUGUCCUUCCUACCUUUCUAAACACCGGAGAAUUCAUGUUGGAGACAGACUCUAUAAAUGCAAAGACUGUGGCAAAGCCUACUACUUUUCCUCACAGCUUAACCGACAUCAGAGGAUCCAUACUGGGGAGAAACCCUACAUAUGUAAGGAAUGUGGCAAGGCCUUCAACUGUUCUUCCUACCUUAAUAAGCAUCAGCGGGUCCAUAUUGUAGAAAAACCCUUUGUGUGUAAAGAGUGUGGCAAAGCUUUUAACUGCUCCUCAUACCUUACUAAACACCAGAUGACCCAUACCGGAGACAAGUUAUACAAAUGCAAAGACUGUGGUAAAGCCUACUACUUUUCCUCCCAGCUUAACCGACAUCAGCGAAUCCAUACCACAGACACACCCUAUAGAUGUAAAGAAUGUGGCAAGGCCUUCAUUUCUUCUUCCAGCCUUAAGCGACACCAGGAAACACACUCUACUGAGACCAAGCAGUGAAUAGAAUUUGUGUAUAUGUAUAUAAGCAAAGCCUUAGUCGGAAGAUAGUUGUUACUGGGUGUUUCAUAAAAGAGAAAAAACCCUAUUUGUGCACUUAAUGUCUUUAACAACUGCUGAAUCUUCCGUUUGCACCAAAAGGCCCAUGUAUGAGGGGAAACCAUGCAGGUGUGAGGAAUGUGGCACUGUUUCAGAUUGUGUUCUACACAACCCAUAGUUGAGAACCAUUACAGAUGGGAUAAUAUGGCCUGGCCUUUGACCAAAGCUCUUCUUCAAAGUAGCAAAUUCAUAGUGGAAAGAGUAUUGUCCUAUGUCUAACUCUCAGAACAAUCCAACACUAUGCCAUAAAUCUCCUCAUAAAAUGAAAAAAGUAACAUAACUUUCACUAGUACCUCAACAAAUUGUUUUGUUUUGUUUUUGGUUGUUUGUUUGUUUCUGAGACAGGAUCUCUGUAAUAGCCCUAGAACUCACUCUGUAGACCAGGCUGGCCUCAGACUCACAGAGAUCUGCCUGCCUCUGCAUCCAGAGCACUGGGACCAAAGGCAUACACCCACAGGCCCAGCCUAUACCUCAAAACUUGGUGUAUACAAAGGAUUGUCAUAGGACAGAAAUCUUACAAAUAUAUAGAUGUGGCAAAAUUUUGAACUGCUGCUUGUCAUUAGUCAAUGGGUGGAAAGAAUAUAUCACUGGUGUCAGAGUGAUUUGAACUCGUCUUUGAAAGGAUGGAAUUUGUUAUACAUCCAAAUUUGCUAA